CACGAUGAUCACGUUACUACUGGCAAUCGUACACUCUCACUUCUCCCAUGUCAAAACUCAAAACACCACAAACCACCGCUUCCGUACACCUCCUUCUCCGAUGACACCGUCACAUCAACCACCACCACCGCCACCGCCUCCCUCCUCACCUGUGUCCACAGCUAGCAAACACAUUACCACCUCGAAUUCUGCCUCCACUUCCUCUCCCACCCCAUCGGAUGUGUGGAACUACGUCUGGAUUCCUUUUCUGAUUUCUCUCUGUAAAGAAGUUAGUUCUGCUAAACCUUCUUCCGAGUCAACUAACGUCUUGACUUCUGACUCCGUUUCAAGACUGUCGUCUACGUGUCCUACGACGGAUUCCAAGCUGAAUUUCCGUCCGAUCAUCGGAAUUCUAAGCCAUCCAGGCGACGGUGCCUCCGGUCGACUUAAUAAUGCCGCCAAUGCUUCGUAUAUUGCUGCCUCUUAUGUAAAGUUCGUUGAAUCCGCUGGUGCUAGGGUUAUUCCACUCAUCUAUAACGAAGCUCCUGAGAUUUUACAAAGCAAACUAAAUCUCGUCAAUGGAGUGCUUUUCACUGGUGGAUGGGCUAAGAGUGGCCUCUACGCUGAAGUUGUUGAGGGGAUUUUUAAGCAAGUCCUGAAGAAGAAUGAUGAAGGAGACCAUUUUCCAUUACUUGCAAUUUGCUUAGGUUUUGAACUCUUAACUAUGAUUGUUAGCAAAAAUAAUAAAAUCCUUGAACAAUUUAGUGCAUCAGAUCAAGCAUCCACGCUUCAAUUCAUGACAAACAUUGAAGGAACAGUGUUUCAAAGAUUUCCUGCUGAUUUGCUUGCAAAGUUGAGUACAGAUUGCCUUGUGAUGCAAAAUCAUAAAUAUGGUAUUUCUCCAGAAACAUUUCAAGAAAACACAAAAUUGUGUAAUUUCUUUAAGAUCUUGACAACCAGCAUUGACCAAGAUAACAAGGUUUAUGUAUCAACAGUUCAAUCACAAAGAUAUCCAAUUACAGCUGUCCAGUGGCACCCAGAGAAAAAUGCUUUUGAGUGGGGCUUAUCGAUGAUUCCACAUUCAGAUGAUGCUGUUCAAGUGACUCAACAUGUUGCCAACUUCUUUGUGAGUGAAGCUAGAAAAUCGUUAAACAGACCGCCUGUGAGAAAAGUGCUGGAUAAUCUUAUUUACAAUUACAGUCCCACUUAUUGUGGGAAGGCCGGGAAAGGAUAUGAUGAGGUUUACAUCUUCACGGAAAACCUUGCACGAAUUUAGUUUGUAAAUGUUGUAUGGUGCAAAGAUGGAAACCAUUUGUAAAUUUCUCAACUUUGUGACUAUAUUAUCGAGUGAAAUUUAAUGCUUACAAAUAGGACAGAUUUGAAUGAACACGA